AUGACACUUUCUGAAUUGCGAAAGCAUUUGAAUAGAUGUAUGAAGAAUCCUAAUAGGAAAAAGAAAAGGGACAACCUCUCUGUUGAUGCCACCCCCAAAACCAGAAGAGAAUACUCAUGUUUUGUCAAGUUUGAAGGUCACACAGGUAUUGCAAUCGGUGAGAAGUUGGUGGAUUGUUUGGAAGAUUGGUGUCUAAAAGAUAUAUUUGGUGUCACUCUAACAAUGCCAGCCAACACAGUAGCUAUGGAUCAUCUGAAGCAAGUUGUUACUAGAUGGACAAGAUCACCAAUCAGAGCUAAAUAUUUACAUGUGAGGUGUUCAGCCCAUGUUCUUGCUCUUGUCAUAAAAUAUGCAGUACGACUCUUUAAUGAAUCUGUUAAAAGGAUAAGGUCAGUGGUAAAAUAUGUUCUUGGUUCUCCUUCUAGGUAUGAAAAGUUUAAACAAUGUGCUUCCCUAGCAAAGGUAGAUUACAAGAAAGCACUGAAUUUAGAUGUAUACACUAGAUGGAAUAUAACUUACUUGAUGUUAGAAGAUGCUCAAAGAUAUGAAAAAGUUUUUGCAAUGUUAGCACAGAUUGAUAAGGACUUUCAAGAGAGGUUUAUUUUUGAGCAAGACAAGGACUCUGUUUUACCAAGUGAUGCUGAUAUUGAGGAAGCUAUAGCUAGUGAUGACAUCUUGGAAGAAGUGGUUGAGGAUACGGAAGAAGAUGAAGAGGUAUUCUUCGAUGCAACUGUCAAUUUUUCUGCUUCUACACAAGUCACUACUCAUUCUUUCUUAUGGGAGUUGGUAUUCAUCCAUGAACAAUUAAUUGAAUUUAGAGAAAAUGUAGCAUCAGAUCCAUUUAUUGCACGUAUGUCUCGUCUUAUGUUUGCCAAGUACAAUAAGUAUUGGGGUGUGUACGAGAAAAUGAAUCCUGUUAUGUUUUUUGCUCAAUUGUUGGAUCCAAGAGAGAAACUAAAGGGGCUAGAAUUUACUCUUAACUGUUUGUUUGAGAACAAUUUGUGGGAGGUUCAAAGAAUCAUGAGAAAGGUGAAAUUAGAAUUUCAGGAACUCUUUGAUGAUUAUAGUUCAGUGUAUUCAACUCAUGAGGAAGGGUCAUCUAGUGUUGCUUCGGCUAAUGCAAACAGGAUAGGAUUGGAAAUUGCAAGUGCAGGCUUUGCAACCAUCAUUUUCGUUUGCAAUGAUCACAUUUCAUUUCUUGUCGACUUGCCGUAG